CGCUUGAGCCGCUUGCUCCACUGCACGCCGUUGGCGGAGAUGGCGCCCUCCACGGCCGUGUUGCGGCCCGAGAGGCAGUCCAGCAGUGUGCUCUUGCCGGCGCCCGACGGACCCAUGAUGACCAGCAGCUCGCCCGGGCGAGCGGCGCCGCUGACGUUACUCAGGAUCUGCUUGUCCUCCACCUGCUUGGUGCUCGGGUUCUUGACCGCCAGCUUUAGCGUCAGCUCGUGCCACUGUAGCGUGAUCUUGGGCACGUCCGGCUCCAGC